AUGGCCAAUUUCACUCUGAGUGGGUUUCUUCUGAUGGGAUUUUCUGCCAUGCCUGAGGUAGAAAUCUUACUUGCUUCUCUGUUUUUGGUCUUAUAUCUGGUGGCUUUAACUGGCAACAUCCUCAUUAUCACCACAACUUUCAAGGACAACAGUCUCCACUCACCCAUGUAUUUCUUCUUGAAACAUCUCUCCUUCCUGGACCUGUGCUACAUUUCCGUGACUGUGCCAAGGUCCAUUUACAACACAUUCAUGCACAGUGGCUACAUUUCCCUUGGGGAAUGCAUAGUGCAGUGUUUUGCUUUUGCUCUCUGUGCUUCUGCUGAGCUGUUCAUGCUCACGGUGAUGUCUUAUGAUCGCUAUGUGGCCAUCUGCCUUCCACUGCACUACGAAAUCAUCAUGGAUGUCAGCAAAUGCGUCCACGGUGUCUUAGGCGUCUGGAUCAGUGGGGUCAUAACUGGAGCCAUGCACACAGCUGGCACAUUUUCCAUUCACUUCUGUGGGUCCCAUAUCAUUCACCAGUUCUUCUGUGACAUCCCUCAGCUCCUGAAACUUUCUUGUUCUAGUGAGUAUAUGAACGAGUUUGGGGUCAGUGUCUUUUUGUCGCUAAUGGCAUUUCUUUGCAUCACCUUUAUUGGACUGUCCUACAUCCAGAUAUUCUCUACUGUCCUGAGAAUGCCAUCUGCUGAGGGCAGAGCAAAGGCAUUUUCCACUUGCCUUCCCCACCUCGCUGUCAUCAUUUUAUUUAUUUCGACAGGUGUCUUUGAGUUUCUCAAACCACCUUCUGACUCUCCAAGUGCACUGGACAUUUUUCUCACUAUUAUGUACACAGUUGUGCCCCCAACACUCAACCCAAUGAUCUAUAGCCUGAGAAAUAAAGCCAUAAUGGCAGCUGUAAAAAAGGUUUUCCAAAGAAGAAAAGCCUGA